AUGGGUCCGAUGAGCAAGCAUUAUUUUCUCGUGCUGUCCAUCCUGGAAGGUCGCGACUUUCCUAAGUGCCCUCGGCUCGGCCUGGAGGUUCAGGCGAGCUUCGAUGGUGAGCAGCUGAGCACCGCCUCUGUGGAACACCUGGACAAGCCGCAUUUCAACACCGAGCUGGCCUGGGAGAUGGACCGCCAUACGCUCCAGCUGCACAGACUGCAAAGGACCUCCAUCAAGCUCCUGUGCUUUGCCGUCGACACCAGCGGUAGGGAGAGUGUGGGCUACAUCCUGCUGAACCUCAAUUCCGUGUCGGAAGUCCCUCAGGAUCCUCGCUGGUACACGCUGCUGAGCAGCAAAUAUACGAAGAAGAAGCCGUCGCUGCUGCUCAGCAUGGUGCUUGAGAACGCCCGUAAGUCUGAGCAGGUGACCAAUACCGAUGGAAUAAAGGACAAGAAGGCCCAAAAAGGUGCAGCUUCCAGUCUUGUCUUGUCUUUAUGUCCCCUCUCAGAAAACCUGGUGGCAGUUCUGGUGCCUGAGCAUGGGUACUAUCAGGUGGGACCUGAAGAAGACGCUACUGCCAUGUUUGUGCUGUCCGUCACGGUCGCGUUUGCCACCAAACUGGAACAUUUGAUCCCCAACACGUUAAAGCUGUCAUCAGAGGAAGCCGGCUUCUUCUUCUUCUACACGCUGCUGGGCAACGACAUUACCAGCAAACCCUUCCAGAACCUCUUGAAGCCGGACUUCCAGCCCGAACGUGCUUCUGUGCGCGUCCGCAGCAGCGAAUGCUUCUUGCGCACCUUCUUUUCACAGCAGCCGACUUUGCAGAUCCACCUAUGCUGUGGCACGUACUCGCUCGGCACCGCGGACGUGGCCCUCGCCAGGCUGGCUGGGCUCGCCGAGAACCUUGAAGAGGCGGCUACGGUCGAGGGCGUGUUUGCGCUGCAGCCGCCCGCCCGCUUUGAGCGCACGCUACCGCCGCUACCCGCCGACCUGCAGCCUAAUGUCAGCGUGGCCGUGACGCUACGUCGUGAGGAUGGCCCAGCGCAGCUCCAGCCUUUGUCCGUCAAAGAAGGAAGUAAGACAUGUGCUGUCGAGGUUCCUGCUGCCGAGGACCAAAUUGCAAGUUCAACUCCGAUCCGAAACCCUCCGGAAGUUUCACAGUCGCCUCCAAGGACCGCUCGUCCUCCCUCGCGUAUCCAGCAGGAGGCAGAUAACCAGCAAGAGUUGCUGUUGCGCGAGGUAGAGCCACUCGCCCAAAAUAAGGCCCACGGAGACAGCGCCGCUUCCUCUUUCCUCAUCUGCGCUCCCAAAGUAUCCAUUCCGUCAUCUGCGCAUCACUACUGUUUCUCUCUGGACCUUUGCAGCCUCAGACAGAUAGGACUCACAUACACCAUCGCAGCCACGCUCAGGUACUCGUACCAGUUCUUUGGCAGCACGGCUCCAGUGAUGACAAGUCGCCCAGUGGAGCUGCACAGGCACAUGGACGUGUCUCUACCUCACUCGUACUGUAAAUUCGAUUUUGCCGCUAUGCCGCAGCAACUGCAGGAUGCCUUCCUCAGAGUUCCUCUGGUGUUGGAGCUGUGGCACCAAGACGCCAGCAGUAUUUUGAUUGGUCAGGCCUCGCUACAGCUGUCCCGCCUCCUCGCCAGCGAGAGGAGUCGACACCCGGCCAGCGUGAGGGAGGCCGCCUGGCGCCAAACGCAUCAGGACCGACUGCCCUUCUUCUCCACUCUCAGUUCCAACGAGAAAGUGGCAGAGUUGAGCUACGUGGUUACGCUGGAUGACUUUGGACCUUUUAACGUUAAGGACAUCCCCGUGUCUGAUGCUGCUCAGAAGGAACCCCUAGCUCCUCUGCAGGAAGCACCCGCCCUUCCCGUGGCCCCCGUUGCGGCACCUGCGCCCCCACGGGAAACCCUGGAGUACCGAACUGCCUUGGAGCUCGAGCUGUGGAAGGAGACUCAGGAGGAUCUGUUCACUGAUCAGCUGAGGAAGAAGGAGUUAAGUCACAUGCAGGCUCUGGCAGAAGAAUGGAUGCGACGGGACCAAGAGAGGGAAGCGUGGGUGAAAAAAAAGGAGAUGGAGUGUAGUCGUUUGGAGGAGCAACUUCAGAAGACUCUUGCUGAUCUGGAAAAGAAAGAAAAAUAUUUGAUGGAAGCUGAGCGAGAGACCCAAAGGCUGCAGCGGGAUCUUCGUUCUGAGCAUAAGCUGACCCAAAAGGAAGCGGAAGAGACAAGCAGGAGGCUGCAACUGGAGUGCGACCACCGCACAGCGCUGGAGCGGGACAAAGUGCGCCUGAUGGAGGAGGAGCGAACUCGGUUGCUCAAGCAGAUUACAGAUUGGGAGAACCGCUACAAGCAACUAGAGAAAGACUUCAAUCACUUCAGGGAACAACAGAACGUUAGACCUGAAGUUCGCCUGCAGUCUGAUGUCAACAUCCUGACUCUGGAAAAAGUGGAGCUGAAGCGCAAGCUUGACUACACCACAAAGUCCAAACUUCACUACAAGCAGCAGUGGGGACGCGCACUCAAGGAAUUGGCUCGCUUCAAACAGCUCGAGCAGGAGAAUGCCAUGAUGCGACUGAAGAAGCAGCAAGCAGAGUUGGACGCAAUGAGGUUGCGCUACGUGGCCAGCGAGGAGAAGGAGGUGGUCCGACAAGAGAGACAGGAACUGGGAGACAUGAGGAAUACUCUAAACAGGCUAAGACAGCAGGAAGAUGUAGGCCCUGCUUCCUCGGCGCCGGUCCCCAGUUUGAAGCGUGACGCCGAGGAGCACCUGAGCCGCCUUCUGGAGGAGCGUGACACUCUUCUACGGACUGGUGUCUACGGACAAGAUGACCGCAUCAUUGCUGAGCUCAACCGGCAGAUUGGCGACAUCAUGGUCGAUGCCAGCUGA